AUGUGGCUCCUGGAAAACAUUACUCGCGCACGCGAAGCAUACCAAACAGGUGGGGAAUUAGCACAUAUCCACGAAACGGGUGAUCAUUCCCUUCAUGUGGUGCUUUCUCCGGCGGAUGCUAAGAAGGUCAUCGAGGCUGGUUGGGGCCAGCGCCACGCUUUGGCUGGAUGGAGGCCGUUGGGAGGCAGGCUUGAGAAAAUUGUAAAUAUUCCGGCAACGUAUCUGCUUAUUUAUACACCAAGAACGGCGGAUGAGAUUGAGGUAGUCCUUGAGAUCGUUCAGGCUGCGAUGCGUCAUAUGAGUAUGGGUGCGGAUGUGUUUUCCUAG